AUGAGCGAUUGGAGAAGAAUUGAUAUUGAUGCUUUUGACCCAGAUUCUAGAUUAACAGCAGAGGACUUAAUCCCCUCAUAUGACAGACAGAUCACCCUUGAAGAAUUACAACCCAAGAUGCAACAAUUGCGUACACUAUCUAGUGGUGGUGACACAAGAAAUGCUAUUCACUUAAUAACGCAAGACCCACCAUAUAGUGCAGACGACAAUACCAAAGAUCUAUAUUUCCAAGUUGUAUUAGAGACUCUAUGUCAAGUAAGACAGGUGGACAUAGCCAAUAUUGUGAAGGAACUAAACACAGAGCAACAAGUUGUCUUAGUCAAAUAUUUAUACAAAGGUAUGUCAUUACCUGAGGGACAAAAACAAGGGGGGGAUCCUACUCGCAUGGUUUGA